ACUAAGUAACGGUCACAUGGGCUUUGUUACUUCUCUAAACGUGAAAACAUUUAUACCGACCUACACUCUUGCUCCUACAUAUUCCGCGCCUUACAUUCUCAUGCACUUCCAAGUAUCACCAAACACUGAGAUAUCCCAGCAGCACUCACUACCUUCCCUUUUCCAACUAUCAAUCAACCAUGGAUCAUACUUGCAAGAGGUCCUCUGCCUUGAAGCCAUGGAAGAAAGGGCCAACCAGAGGGAAAGGUGGCCCCCAGAACGCUUCGUGCGAGUAUCGAGGCGUUAGGCAAAGAACGUGGGGCAAAUGGGUUGCUGAGAUAAGAGAGCCGAAGAAGAGAACCAGGCUCUGGCUCGGUUCUUUCACCACGGCUGAAGAAGCCGCCAUGGCUUAUGAUGAGGCUGCAAGGAGACUUUAUGGACCGGAUGCAUACCUUAACCUUCCCCACUUGCAACCAAGCUCCAAUGCUGCACCUAUCAAAUCAGGAAAGUUCAAAUGGUUGCCUUCCAAGAACUUCAUGUCAAUGUUUCCUACUUGUGGAGCACUCAAUGUAAAUGCUCAACCUAGUGUUCAUUUCAUUCAUCAGAGGUUGCAAGAGCUUAAGCAGAAUGCAGUUGUUACUCAACCACCUUCUAAGGAAGAAAUUAUGACUGUUGGCAGCAAAAAUAAUGCCGAAAAGCCUUCCGCAGAAAAAGAUGCUCAAACGUUGCCCGAGGCCAUGCUUGGAGAUCUUCAGGAGAAACCCCAGAUAGACCUCCAUGAGUUUCUUCAGCAGCUGGGAAUACUGAAAGAAGAAAGACAUUCAGAAAGAGCUGAUAGCUCGGGAAGUUCAACGGUGAAUGAAGCUGUGUCAAGAGAUGACAAUGAUCAACUGGGAGUGUUUUCUGACAACAGUGUUAACUGGGAGGCAUUAAUUGCAGGUAUUCAGGAAUCAGAAGACAUCAUCCAGCUUGAAGAAGCAUAUGACAUGAAUGAUGAGCUUAAUUUCUCAACUUCCAUUUGGAACUUUUAAGAAUCUUGUAGCUUUGUC